CUUUGCGUCUUACGUAAUAACUAACUUAUUCUCUGGCAAAAUCUUGUACCACUGCGAUGGGCAUAAAAGCGGCUGUCCACGUCUUAUUUAUUUUUAAUAACAUAAUUCAGCCUAAUGCUGGAUUGGGGGACAACAGAGAUUACCAUGACGAUCUGGACGAUAAUUCCGAUGAUCUGCCCUAUGACUGGCAAGACCGCAUCCAUCCGGCCACCAUUCGAGCCUAUUUGUCGGACUUAAAUGGCAACAGGAAACUGGCAAACGACAUUAUAUUUGCCGAUGCUGGCACUGGAUUCGGCUAUAAUGACACCUCAGGAAACCAGACACUGACAUUAUGGGCGAAUGGAAAAGUUCCCUAUCAAAUCAGCGAGUUAUAUGGAUUCCAAGACCGUUUUAUUAUCGAGCAAGCAAUGUUGAAUAUUGAGCAUAAAUCACUCCAUUGUGUGACUUUUAUAGCGAGAAAGACCGAGGCAAACUAUAUUCACUUCAAGCCUGGAGACAAUUGUUCGUCUUACGUUGGAGUUCGCGGCGGUAUGCAACCGGUAUUUCUGCAUCCAAGCGAGUGUAUUCAGCUAGGAAUAGUGCAGCACGAGAUUCUGCACGCCCUCGGUUUGUUUCACGAACACAGUCGGAGCGACCGAAAUUCUUAUGUGGCUAUCUACGAAGGGGAGAUUAUGGAAGGCCACGAAUCUCAGUAUCGUGCUAUUCCAAAUAUGCCAACUUUCGGAACGGCUUACGAUCUAGAAUCGCUGAUGCACUACGGUCCAUACGAUUUCUCGAGAACCGUGAGUCGCCCUGUCAUAAUUCCUAGACAGAAAGGAGUCCAUCGCAUGGGACAGCGUGAGGGUCUAAGUGUCCGUGACGCUGCUAAACUGCGCAAUGCAUACAGAUGCCAGGUAGGCCGCGACGAUCAUGGUGAACAAGAACGCUUGUUUCCUGGUUUUUCGAAAGAAUCUAUGAAAGCCGAACAGUGUGCGCUACAGUUCAAUGAACACUGUGGAUAUUCGGGAUCUACCAGAGAAAACUGCACGCAUCAAAAGAUAUUGGUGAUCGACUGCAGCGACACAAUGAACGCUUCUGCUUUAGCACCUAUGGCCACGGCGCUGGGAAGGCCGCCGUUGCGCCCAUUGAUUGUCUUCCUCAUCGAUAGCCAAAUAACCACGUAUUCGCUGUCUCCGGUUGAUAAACAAAUAAUCAAGUUGACUUUAAUGAACUGUAUUGUGCGUGAUCCCACGGCAAAGCUCUCCAGGUUCUCCUUUCUUAAUCUGCAGGAGUUGAAAAUAUUCAAUUGUUGGGAUAUGCGAAUUAAAAAAUCCGACUUUUAUUCCGUACAUAAGUUGAAACUAAUAAUUUUUGAGCAAGCUACUGUUUUGUACUUGGAAGAAGGGACUUUCACAAAUCUCCUGGAGCUGCGAGCAAUUGCAUGGCACAAAAAGCUCCCGUAUAAUUUCGGCACGCGCAUUCAUGAACCACCCUACGAUAUCAAUCAUAUCAUCAAUGACUAUUCCUUCUUAGUACGCAGCAGGCAGAAUUAUUUGGAGCGGAUUCACUGCGACUGCGAAUUUUCAUGGUUAAGAAAAUGGCUGCAUCAAAAGAACUUACUCAAGGCAGUACCAGGAAAUUCUGAAAUUUUUUACUAUGCUACGGGAGGCGGGAACAGCGAUGUAGAGGUCAGUGACGUCUAUAUCCCGAUUGACUGUGCAGCGCACCCGUUUCCGACCGACCUUGGUAUGAUCAACUUCAACCAGGCUGCCUUUUCCGUUAACGAAAGCGAAUGUGCACCGGACCAUUUCAAUUCGACUUAUGAAAGUUUAAAAUUUAAAGAAACCUUUUCCAGCUUCGAAUUUAAUUAUGCGCAGUGUACGUCGCUAUUUGGGCGAACAUGCAGGCCAAGUGGCGUCUCCUUAUCGUUUCCUGGCUAUAGAACAGAGGAGGUUAUGCACUACUAUUGUCUGCAGUUUUUCGCUAACAAUUCCACACCGAAUCUCAGGUCUCUGGAUGUCGAGUGUUGGGCUAACAGCACAGUGCGGGAGGUACGAGAAAUCAGUUUCGCUCUAGCUAAGCCGCCCGUACGCAGUGUGGACUUAUCGCUGUUUGAUGGAGACUACAUUGUGUACCGUGCCUUUGCACCGAUGAGAAUGCAGGUCUCGAGAAUGAUUCUGUCGGACUGCAUUGGAGACCGCCCCGCAGCGUAUCUAUCUGUUUUACAAAUGAGUAAUUUGUUACAGUUCGUUGUCAGUAGUUGUCGAAAUAUUGUCCUACAAGCCGCAGAUUUCACACUGGUCCCUAAUAUUCGUGUUCUGGUGCUCACCAAAUCAACGGUUGUCUCCGCUACACCGUCCAUCUUUGCCGCUUUACCAAAUCUCCAAAUUCUCUCAUUGGAGUACAGAAUGAGCGAAGUGCUGAUGAAUAGUUUUCCAAGUGACUAUCAGCAGUAUCUCCAUAACCUGCACUGUGAUUGUGAAUUUGCUGACUACCGCAACUGGCUACAGUCGCAAAUCAUCGACCGAUUGCACAUUUGGACGCCACAAGACAUUUUUGAUUUUAAUACCACUGUGCAGUCGCUUUGCAACGAUAACUUUCUCCCUGCCGGUGCGAUAAUACUUUCCCUGAACUUAAAAGAGUAUGAUGUCGGACGGCUUAAUGAAUGGCUGUGUAUAAAAAAAGAAGACCUAUAUUUACCUAUUAAUUGUGCCGAUGCACGUGGUGGCAGUAGCGGAACAACGAUAGACUUUCAACAAAGGAACUAUUCAAUUAACGUUCCCAGAUGCGAGAAGGCGGUCUCGCGAACGUGGCUGACAGGAUGGCCCACUUCACCAGAAGGCUACGCAAAUCAUACAAAGCCGACACAAAACGAUUGGACAAAAAAGCUCAAUCAGCAAAUUCUAAGAGAGCGACGAUCCGAGCUGACCACAACAACAGUCGGAUCAGACGGCAGACUGUACCACUAUGACGAUCAAAUGCUGGAUAUUGAUCUUGUUUCAGCACCUGGAUACUUAUCUGACGACAAAUUUUGGCCGAACAACGACACGCAUAUUCCUUAUUUAAUUAGCGAUUACUUCGAUAAUGCCGACCAAGUAGCGAUCCAGGACGCACUGAAUUCGAUCUCCUCCUUUACUUCAUACUGCAUAACAUUUCAAACCCGCACCGAAGAAAAUGACUAUAUUUUGUUCAUGCCAGGAUACAGAUGUCAGUCUCAGGUGGGCAGGCAAGGCGGUCGGCAGAGUAUCACCUUAACGCAUGCUUGCAUUUUCUGUGGGGCCAUUCAGCACCUGGUUCUUCAUGCGCUGGGAUUCGUUCACGAACAUCACCGAGCGGAUCGUGACGAUUACUUGCAAAUUUAUUUGAAUCAUACGGAACUUUCGCCAGACAACAUUGUAUUCCGUAAAUUUCCACAGAUGCGCACGCACGGCGCAGAAUACGAUCUGGAAUCGAUCAUGCACCUUGGCGCUUUUGACUUGACAAACCCUGAACAUCCGCAUCUCCCAGUACUCCUUCCAAAGGUUAAUCUUUCACUGAAAAAGCGCAUUCAAAUGGGACAAAGACGAGCCUUGAGCGCAAGAGACAUCGUCAAGUUGAACACCGCCUACAACUGCACGAUGCUACGGUCUGGCAUGCAUACUGCUGAGCCCCUCCCGCAUUUUGAGAAGAGCCAUGUUCCGAUGGAAAUGUGUACGACACUGUCUAAAUUAAGGUGCGGUGAUAAGAGGUUACGUGAAUGCUCCAAGAGUAAAAUGAUAGAGCUAACGUGCGGCGGCGGUACUACAUCUGAUGACUGGCAAACUGCUGCGAUGACAGUUGCAUAUUCGCCCCUACGGGCCGUAUGGUUGAACCUGGAAGACACAUUGCAGAGGCAUGAUAUGUCCGGCGCAUUUUGGCACAUUAGACGGCUAAUCUUGGGAACUCAACUUUAUUUGUGCAAGAAUGCGCAUUGCACAUCUGUCCUUCGUGGUCUCGGCUUUGUGAACCUUAUGAUAUUAAGGGUAUCUUACAGCAGUGGCUUGAUCAUCAAGAAAACGGAUUUCUGCAAAUUAAACAAGCUGCAGAGCUUGAUAUUCAGAAUGGCAACUGUACAAAACCUCGAGCCGGGAACCUUCAGCAAUCUAUUGCAUUUAAAAGUGUUGAGCAUGGAAUCAGAUAUUCUUAUUGCGGCCGAAAUAAAUAAAAAUCUUAGUGUUAUUCAUCGCCUGGAAUACCUACACAAUUUACACUGCAGCUGCGAUUUCGCGGAGUUUCGCCAGUGGAUGAAAAACAACAAAGCAUUGCUGUGGGAGUUAGGACCCGAAGAGCUUAGCUAUGUUGAUGGCAUAUUGAGCUUUGCCCCAUUUGCGAGAAGCACACUCUACAACCCGGUAGACUGUCGGGAAAAUCUUACGGCAAAUCUGCACACGGCUAUAAACUUUGAUCAACUGGAAUACUCCAUUAACGAGCCGUUGUGUGAAGAAAGUGUUGCUCCAAUAGUUCAGUUUUGUGAACCGGAUAUUUCCUCAAGAGAGGGUGUGGAGUCGCCUGCUGGAGGGGGUGCUCUGUAAUACUCUGCCGUCUUGGGCACUCUGUCACGCGUGUCUAAUUGCUGGAAUGGCGCUACCGGUCGUUUUAACGUGUCAUCCGAUCAACAGAGCAGGAAUUUCGUUCGCUUCGUACUCCUGUUGCUACAAAAAGAAAAUAAAAAUGUUU